CAAAAACGUCCCAAUCCCGGAUAUCAAUAUCACUCACUGCAGGAUCCAUCUUAUCUGUUCUUUAUUUAUGCAUACCAUUCUACCUUAACUAAGCGCUUUGUCUCAUAGCAGCCUAUCGAUUGAUCCAAUUCGUGAGCCGUAUAUCACUUCUGUGUCGAUAAAUCUGGUAGCUCGCCCUGUUGUGGAGAGCUCCUCGUAUAAACAAGUUGCGGCUCAACCGACUAUCGUUACAUCAGUGUCUUAGAUUUCGAUUACAUAAAGACAACAUUGCCCGUGGAGUAGGCAAUCGGCAUUUGCGGCUUUGAGCUGCUCAAUACUUUUUGAGAAAACUCUCGUUCAAGAUGAUGUCCGCUACGAAUGAAGAUGAUCCUUUUCUCCAAGUACAAGCCGAUGUACACCACCAACUAUCCCUUACACGCCCCCUCUUUACCUCCUACCUGCGUAUCCACUCUCUAACCAAAUCUCCGCAUCCAACUCCUGAACUCCUCUCCGCCCGCUCCGACCUAACCACCUCUCUCUCCCUAUUAACCGACGACCUGCAGGACCUUCGCGAUUCCAUAUCCGCAAUUCAAGCCGACCCCUACAAAUAUGGGCUACAGAUCGAAGAGGUAUCUCGUCGGGUACGGAUGAUAGAGGAGAUCGGAGGUGAGGUAGAUGACAUGCGGGAAGAGCUUGAAAAAACUAUGGGUGCUGCAUCCAAUUCCGGGGCUGGGGGAAAUGCAUAUAAUGAUGACAAUACCGGCUCACCUCUAGACGAUGACUACGCCGCGGAAUUCGAACAUCAACAACAAAUGCAAAUGCUAAAGCAACAAGAUGAGCAACUCGACAGUGUAUUUCAUACCGUAGGGAACCUCCGUCAACAAGCCGAUGACAUGGGCAGAGAGUUAGAAGAACAAACAGGAAUGUUACAAGAAGUAGAAACGGUAACCGAUCGAGUGAGCGGGAGACUUCAAGGAGGAAUGAAGAGGAUGAAUAAAUUAGUCAAAGAGAACGAGGAUGGACUGAGUAGUUGUUGCAUUGGGGUGUUAAUUUUCGUGCUGAUUUUGUUGUUGGUGCUUGUGCUUAUUUUGUGAAGGAGGCGGGAAGGCAACGGGCAGGCGGAAGGAGAGGAGUACUUUUCCCUUUGAAUUCAUCUCAUCUAAUUUUUCAUUUCCUGUCUAUCUUUCUUUCGGUAACCAGAACAAGC